AUGGUGCUGUCUAUUGCCUGUGGCCAAGACAUUUUCAAGUCUUUAACAAGUACUUUCAUCUACUUUCUCACAGCUUCCAAAUAUGCUGGAUAUGUCAACUCCUUCCAUAUUUGCAGCACUAUGGGACAGGGAUUCCCUGUUUCUAUACAGUCAUUAUCCAAAGCUGUAGAUCACUAUAGCAAAGUGCACCAGAAGUGA